CAGAGAAGUAGAGUAGCAUACAGAGGAACUAUCCCCCAAGACUUGUCCCUCUCGGGAUGGAGCAAAGGAGGUCCCAGGUGUGGGCCAUGCAGGCUGACAACUUGUCUGUGGUACUUCUCUCAGUGGCCUGGCUGUUGCUAGCUCGUGGGACCACAGGUAUGCCUCAAUUCAGCACCUUCCACUCUGAGAACCGUGACUGGACUUUCAACCAUUUGACUGUACAUAGAAGAACAGGGGCCGUGUAUGUGGGGGCCAUCAACCGUGUCUACAAGUUGACAGGCAACCUCACAAUCCAAGUGGCUCACAAGACAGGACCAGAAGAGGACAACAAGGCCUGCUACCCACCCCUUAUUGUACAGCCCUGCAGUGAGGUGCUCACACUCACCAACAAUGUCAACAAACUCCUUAUCAUCGACUACUCUGAGAAUCGCCUGCUUGCCUGUGGCAGCCUCUACCAGGGAGUUUGCAAGCUCCUGCGGCUGGAUGACCUCUUCAUCCUGGUGGAACCAUCGCACAAGAAGGAACACUACUUGUCCAGUGUCAAUAAGACAGGUACCAUGUAUGGUGUGAUUGUGCGCUCUGAGGGGGAAGAUGGCAAGCUUUUUAUCGGCACUGCUGUGGAUGGCAAGCAGGAUUACUUUCCUACCUUGUCCAGCCGCAAGCUACCCCGUGACCCUGAGUCUUCAGCCAUGCUGGACUAUGAGCUCCACAGUGAUUUUGUUUCCUCUCUCAUCAAGAUACCGUCUGACACCCUGGCCCUGGUCUCCCACUUUGACAUUUUCUACAUCUAUGGCUUUGCCAGUGGGGGUUUUGUCUACUUUCUCACUGUUCAGCCAGAGACCCCCGAGGGUGUGGCCAUCAACUCGGCUGGAGACCUCUUCUAUACCUCAAGAAUUGUGCGUCUCUGCAAGGAUGACCCCAAGUUCCACUCCUAUGUGUCCCUGCCCUUUGGUUGCACACGUGCUGGGGUAGAAUACCGCCUCCUGCAGGCAGCUUACCUUGCAAAGCCUGGGGAAGCUCUAGCUCAGGCCUUCAACAUCAGCAGCAAUGAAGAUGUGCUAUUUGCCAUCUUCUCCAAGGGGCAAAAGCAGUACCACCACCCACCUGAUGACUCUGCCCUCUGUGCCUUCCCCAUCCGGGCCAUCAACUUGCAGAUCAAGGAGCGGUUACAAUCCUGCUACCAUGGAGAGGGCAACUUGGAGCUCAACUGGCUUCUAGGAAAGGAUGUGCAGUGUACCAAGGCGCCAGUUCCCAUUGACGAUAACUUCUGUGGCCUGGACAUCAAUCAACCUCUGGGAGGCUCCACUCCUGUGGAGGGACUGACCCUGUACACCACCAGCAGGGACCGCCUAACCUCUGUGGCCUCCUAUGUUUACAAUGGCUACAGUGUGGUUUUUGUGGGGACUAAGAGUGGCAAGCUAAAGAAGAUUCGAGCUGAUGGUCCUCCCCAUGGUGGGGUCCAGUAUGAGAUGGUCUCUGUGUUCAAAGAUGGGAGCCCCAUCCUCCGGGACAUGGCCUUCUCUAUCAAUCAGUUCUACCUGUAUGUCAUGUCUGAGAGACAGGUCACCAGGGUCCCUGUUGAGUCAUGUGAACAGUACACAACUUGUGGAGAGUGUCUAAGCUCAGGUGAUCCUCACUGUGGCUGGUGUGCCCUGCAUAACAUGUGCUCCCGAAGGGACAAAUGCCAACGGGCCUGGGAAGUAAAUCGAUUUGCUGCCAGUAUCAGCCAAUGCAUGAGCCUUGAGGUUCACCCCAGCAGCAUCUCUGUGUCAGAUCACAGCCGACGGCUCAGCCUGGUUGUGAAUGAUGCCCCCAACCUUUCUGAGGGUAUCGCAUGUGCCUUUGGGAACUUGACUGAGGUGGAAGGACAGGUGUCUGGGAGCCAAGUCAUCUGCAUCUCACCCGGGCCCAAGGAUGUCCCUGUUAUCCCUCUGGAUCAAGACUGGUUUGGCCUAGAGCUGCAGCUGAGAUCCAAGGAGACAGGAAAGAUCUUUGUCAGCACCGAGUUCAAAUUCUAUAACUGCAGUGCCCACCAACUGUGUCUGUCCUGUGUCAACAGCGCCUUCCGCUGCCAUUGGUGCAAGUACCGAAACCUCUGUACACAUGAUCCCACCACCUGUUCCUUCCAGGAAGGCAGAAUCAAUGUUUCAGAGGACUGUCCCCAGCUUGUGCCCACUGAGGAGAUUCUAAUCCCAGUUGGAGAAGUGAAACCAAUUACCCUCAAGGCCCGUAACCUUCCCCAGCCCCAGUCUGGCCAGCGGGGCUAUGAGUGCGUGCUCAAUAUCCAGGGGACUGUACACCGAGUCCCUGCCCUGCGCUUCAACAGUUCCAGCGUGCAGUGCCAAAACAGCUCGUACCAGUAUGAUGGGAUGGACAUCAGCAACCUAGCAGUGGACUUUGCUGUGGUAUGGAAUGGCAACUUCAUCAUUGACAACCCUCAGGACCUGAAAGUACAUCUCUACAAGUGUGCAGCCCAGCGGGAAAGCUGUGGCCUAUGCCUCAAGGCUGACCACAAGUUCGAGUGUGGCUGGUGCAGUGAUGAGCGCAGAUGUACCCUCCACCAACACUGUCCCAGCACUUCUAGUCCUUGGCUCGAUUGGUCCAGCCACAAUGUCAAAUGCUCCAACCCCCAAAUUACAGAGAUUUUGACAGUAUCAGGACCACCUGAAGGAGGGACUCGUGUGACCAUCCAUGGAGUGAACCUGGGCUUGGACUUCUCUGAGAUCGCUCACCAUGUGCAGGUGGCUGGAGUGCCCUGCACACCCCUUCCAGGGGAAUACAUCAUCGCUGAGCAGAUUGUCUGUGAGAUGGGCCAUGCCCCUAUGGGCACUACAUCUGGGCCUGUACGCCUGUGCAUUGGAGAAUGCAAUGAAGAGUUCAUGACAAAUUCCCACCAACAAUAUACUUUUGUGAACCCUUCUGUGCUGUCACUCAGCCCCAUCCGGGGACCAGAGUCAGGAGGUACCAUGGUGACCAUCACAGGCCAUUACCUUGGUUCUGGGAGCAGUGUGGCAGUAUACCUAGGCAAUCAGACCUGCGAGUUCUAUGGGAGGUCAAUGAAUGAAAUUGUAUGUGUUUCACCCCCAUCAUCCAAUGGACUGGGACCAGUCCCUGUCUCUGUGAGUGUGGAUAGAGCCCGGAUAGAUAGCAGUCUGCAGUUUGAGUACAUAGAUGACCCUCGAGUUCAACGCAUUGAGCCAGAGUGGAGCAUUACUAGUGGCCACACACCCCUAACUAUCACAGGCUUCAAUCUGGAUGUCAUUCAGGAGCCAAGGAUCCGAGUCAAGUUUAAUGGCAAAGAAUCUGUCAAUGUGUGUACAGUUGUAAACACAACCACCCUCACCUGUCUGGCACCGUCUCUGACCAGUGACUACCAUCCAGGCCUGGACACUGUGGAACGGCCAGAUGAGUUUGGAUUUCUCUUUAACAAUGUCCAGUCCUUACUCAUCUAUAAUGAAACCAAGUUCAUCUACUACCCCAACCCAACUUUCGAACUGCUCAGCCCCACUGGGAUCUUGGAUCAGAAGCCAGGCUCACCCAUCAUCCUGAAGGGCAAAAAUCUCUGCCCUCCUGCCUCUGGAGGGGCCAAACUCAACUAUACAGUAAUGAUUGGAGAGACGCCUUGUGCAGUCACUGUGUCUGAGACACAGCUGCUCUGUGAACCUCCCAACCUCACCGGGCAGCACAAGGUUAUGGUUCAUGUGGGCGGGAUGGUGUUCUCACCUGGCUCGGUGAGUGUCAUCUCCGACAGCUUGCUGACCCUGCCAGCCAUCAUCAGCAUUGCAGCUGGUGGAAGCCUGCUCCUUAUCAUCGUCAUCAUUGUCCUCAUCGCUUAUAAGCGCAAGUCUAGGGAAAAUGACCUCACACUCAAGCGUCUCCAAAUGCAGAUGGACAACCUGGAGUCCAGGGUAGCUCUGGAGUGCAAGGAAGCUUUUGCAGAGCUUCAGACAGACAUCAAUGAGCUAACCAGUGACCUGGACCGAUCAGGAAUCCCUUACCUGGACUAUCGCACCUAUGCCAUGCGAGUUCUAUUCCCAGGCAUCGAGGACCACCCUGUUCUUCGGGAGCUGGAGGUACAGGGAAAUGGACAGCAGCAUGUGGAGAAAGCCCUGAAACUCUUCGCCCAGCUUAUCAACAACAAGGUGUUCCUGCUGACCUUCAUCCGCACACUGGAACUGCAGCGCAGCUUCUCCAUGCGUGAUCGCGGCAAUGUGGCCUCUCUCAUCAUGACAGGCCUUCAGGGCCGCCUGGAGUAUGCCACAGAUGUCCUCAAGCAGCUACUGUCUGAUCUCAUUGACAAGAACCUGGAGAACAAGAACCACCCUAAACUUCUUCUCCGCAGGACUGAGUCUGUGGCCGAGAAGAUGCUGACCAACUGGUUUGCUUUCCUUCUACACAAGUUCCUGAAGGAGUGUGCUGGAGAGCCACUCUUCAUGCUAUACUGUGCAAUCAAGCAGCAGAUGGAGAAAGGCCCCAUCGAUGCCAUCACUGGUGAGGCCCGCUACUCCCUGAGUGAGGACAAACUCAUCCGGCAGCAGAUCGAGUACAAGACCCUGAUCCUGAACUGUGUCAACCCUGACAAUGAGAACAGCCCAGAGAUCCCAGUGAAGGUGUUAAACUGUGACACUAUCACUCAAGUCAAAGAGAAGAUCCUCGAUGCAGUUUAUAAGAACGUUCCCUACUCCCAGCGGCCAAGGGCUGUGGACAUGGACCUAGAGUGGCGCCAAGGUCGGAUUGCCAGAGUGGUGUUGCAGGAUGAAGACAUUACUACCAAGAUAGAGGGUGACUGGAAGAGGCUUAACACGCUGAUGCAUUACCAGGUGUCAGACAGGUCAGUGGUGGCUCUGGUACCCAAGCAGACCUCCUCCUACAACAUCCCUGCCUCUGCCAGUAUCUCCCGGACAUCCAUUAGCAGAUAUGACUCUUCCUUCAGGUACACAGGAAGCCCAGACAGCCUCCGGUCCCGGGUCCCCAUGAUCACCCCAGACCUGGAGAGUGGUGUCAAGGUGUGGCAUCUAGUGAAGAACCAUGACCAUGGUGACCAGAAGGAGGGAGACCGGGGAAGCAAAAUGGUAUCUGAGAUCUACUUGACCCGGCUUCUAGCUACCAAGGGUACCCUGCAGAAAUUUGUCGACGACUUGUUUGAGACCUUGUUCAGCACUGUGCACCGAGGUAGCGCUCUCCCCCUAGCCAUCAAGUACAUGUUUGAUUUCCUGGAUGAGCAGGCAGACAGACACAGUAUCCACGACACAGACGUGCGGCACACCUGGAAAAGCAACUGCCUUCCUCUGCGUUUCUGGGUGAAUGUCAUCAAGAACCCUCAGUUUGUAUUUGACAUCCACAAGGGCAGCAUCACAGAUGCCUGCCUCUCUGUGGUAGCCCAGACUUUCAUGGACUCCUGCUCCACAUCAGAGCACCGACUGGGCAAGGACUCACCUUCCAAUAAGUUGCUCUAUGCCAAGGAUAUCCCCAGUUACAAGAACUGGGUAGAAAGAUACUAUGCAGAUAUUGCCAAGCUCCCAGCCAUCAGUGACCAAGAUAUGAAUGCCUACCUCGCAGAGCAGUCCCGCCUACAUGCCACAGAGUUCAAUAUGCUGAGCGCCCUCAAUGAGAUCUACUCCUAUGUCAGCAAGUACAGUGAGGAGCUCAUCGGGGCACUAGAGCAGGAUGAGCAGGCCCGACGGCAACGUCUGGCAUAUAAGGUGGAACAUCUCAUCAAUGCCAUGUCCAUCGAGAGCUGAAAGGAGGACCUCCUGUUCCUGGAAGAGGGACCCAUACAAGCUAUCACACUGGUGUCUCAAAAGGGGGGACAGGACAAGAGAGGGGUAUCAGGCCCCAGAGCGGGCUGCCCGCUGAAACCUCAAGAGGGGAGAGGGAAAGGCUCCUCUCUCAGUUCCAGCCAUGUUUCAUCACAGCCAGUCCCUGACAGAAGGACCAUGAACACCACCCAUCACAGCUCAGGACAUCAUGGGCAAAGAAGAAGGUGGCCCUUCAAGCUGAGAGGCUUGAACCUGAUGGUUCUGCCUCUGUGACUGCUGCUUUGCAUGAAAACUCACUUGAUGUAUAUUGGGAAAUAAUGAGAACUUUAUUUAAUUUUUUAAGAAAAAGGGAAAAAUAGAAAUAAAACAAAACAUAAAGCCUCCCUGUCCAA